AUGAUGAUGCUAUCUAGAAAUUCAAUACUAUAUUAUUUUAUAACAACCAUAUUAUUUUUCACAACUUCAAUAGAAGCAAGAAGAAAAUUAUCUGCAACAUCAUUAGUAACAUGUAUGCAAAAUUCUCAAAUAACUCCUCAACAUUUUAAUGUUACUUUUAAUCCAGAUGAUAGAUCUUUAAGAUAUGCAUUAGAUUUAACAACAGAUAUAAGUGCAAAAGUUUCUGCUCAUGUUCAAGUUUAUGCUUAUGGAUUUUUAAUUAUUGAAAAAGAUGUUGAUAUGUGUUCUAUUGGUUGGAAACAAUUUUGUCCUAUUUAUCCAGGUGCUUUACAAGUUAAUAGUGUUGAAUAUAUAAGUUCAACUUAUACAAGAAUGAUUCCAGGAAUUGCUUAUGAAGUUCCAGAUAUUGAUGCAGUUGUAAAAGUUAUUGUAAGAGAUCAAGAUUCUGGAGUUCAAUUAUCUUGUAUUCAAUCAAGUUUUUCAAAUGGUAAAACUGUUAGUCAAACAGGUGUAAAAUGGGCUACUGCUGUUAUUGCAGGUUUGGGGUUAUUAAUUGCUGCAAUUUUAUCAACUUUUGGAAAUUCAAAUGCUGCUUCUCAUAUUUCUGCAAAUUCAGUUAGUUUAUUUUUAUAUUUUCAAAGUGUUGUUGUUGUUUCAAUGCAAGCAGUUGAAAGAAUGCCUCCAAUAGCAAGUGCAUGGGCUGAAAAUUUAGCUUGGAGUAUGGGAUUAAUUAGAAUAACAUUUAUGCAAGAAAUUUUUAGAUGGUAUGUUCAAAGUACUGGUGGAACUCCAACAACUUAUUUUAUUUCAGAAGUUAAACAAAUUUUAGUUCAAAAAAGAAAAAGAUCAGAAGAUUAUUUAUGGGGUCAGGCUGGUGAAAGAUCUUUAGAUUAUGUUUAUGGUAUUGGUAAAAGAGCUUUAGAUUAUGCUUUAAGACCGAAUAAAAAUUUAAUUAUAUUAAGAGGUAUAAAAAGAAUUGGUUAUAAUACUCAUAUUGAACCAACAUCAAUAGUUCCAACUGGUUAUACUUGGUUUAUUUUAAUGGGAUAUGUAUUGGUUGUUGCAUUAGUUUUAAUUAAAUCAUGUAUUGUUUUAUUAACAAGAGCCAAAAAAGUAAAUCCAAAUAAUUUUACCAUAUUUAGAGGAAGUUUUAGUAAUAUUGUUAAAGGUUCAAUUUUAAGAUAUAUUUAUAUUGGUUUUACUCAAUUAGUUAUUUUUUCAUUUUGGGAAUUUACUCAAGUUGAUUCAGCAGCAUUAGUUGUAUUAGCUUGUUUAUUUAUUCUUUUAAUAUUUGGAAUGAUUGGUUGGUCCUUGUUGAAAGUUUUAAGAAUUGGUCAUCAUUCUAAAAAACAAUUUAAUAAUCCUGCUGCUUUAUUAUAUGGUGAUAAUAAAAUUUUAGAAAGAUAUGGAUUUUGUUAUACAAUGUUUCAUGCAAAUAAAUAUUGGUUCGGAAGUGUUAUAAUAGGUUAUAAUUUAUUUAAAUCAGUAUUUAUUGCAUUUUGUCAAGGUUCAGGAGGUGGUAAAGUAUCAGUUUGGCCAGUUUUCAUUGCUGAUUUAGUUUACACCAUCUUCUUGAUUUGGAAAUCACCAUAUUUAAAUAAACCUACAAAUAUUUUAAAUUAUAUGGUUGCAAUUGUAACAACUAUAAAUUCAUUUUUAUUUUUAUUUUUUUCAGAUAUUUUUGGUCAACCGGCACCAGUUAGUUCAAUUAUGGGAUGGGUAUUUUUUAUUUUAAAUGCUGCUUUUUCAUUAAUUUUAUUAAUUUUCAUUAUUGUUUUAAUUGUAUUUUCCAUAUUAUCUAAAAAUCCAGAUGCAAGAUUUGCUCCAGCAAAAGAUGAUCGUUUUUCAUUCCAAAGAAAAUCUUCAGUUAAAAAUAAAACUAAAUCAGCAAUGUAUGCUGGUGGAUCAGGAGCUGCUGGAUAUAAUGGAGGUGCUGGUGGAGGAGCAGGAGAAUUAGCUGCUUUAGGUAUUGCUGCACAAGAUCAUUCACAAGAUUGGGAAUCACAAAUGUAUAAAUUAAAUGAUGUUUCAAAAGAUGGAGAAGAUUAUAAUGAAACUUCAAAUUCGAAUUCAAAUUCAAAUUUAACACCAGAUCAUAUAACUCCUAAUAGAGAUUAUUUUCAAGAUGAUAAUAUCUUGGAAAAUGCUUCAUCAGUAUAUUCUAAUGAUGCUAAAUUAGCUGCUGCUGGUGCAACACCUGCUAAGAAUCAAUCAUUUGGUACAAAAUUGAAAAACACGAUAGCAAGAAAAUUAUCUAAAAAAUCAAAUAAACCAACAUCAACAAAUGAAAAGGGCGAUCAUAAAAAUGUAUCAAGAGUAAGUGAUACAUUAGUAAAUGAUACUUAUUAUGAUGAUGAAGAUGAUGUAAGUUCAGAUGAAAAAAGAGAAUUAAAUAGACAAGAUCAAUCACAACAACUUCAUCAUCCAAUAAUAACAAGGGUUUCAAAUCCUUAUUUAAAUAAUAAUAGUCAAUAUCAUCAACAGCAUAAUAAUCAACAUAGUAGAAAUGAAUCUACAACUUCACAAAUUAAUAAUAAAUAUCCAACAAAUACUAAAGAUUUUCUUUAG